AUGCUAAAAGUAGUCCCAAGUGAGCUGCAGUUUGGUGCUCUUGCUGUGAACGAUGUCCCCGUGUACUGUCGCUUUAGUGUUGUGAACACGGACCCGAUGGUUUCUUUGUCGGUGCAAUUUACCGCGACGACGGUUCCUGCAGUCAUUCGCUUUCAACUGUGGGAUGACAUGCUGCUUCUCGACGAUGAUGAUAUUGACGGCGGUGGCGCACAGAAGGAUCGCCAGAAACGGGGGAAAUUGUCCCUCUUUUACAGCGCCUUUUUUGAAGGUAUCAGCGUUAUUGACAGGCUUCUCCUGGGACCGCUAGAGAGCAGGGAGGUGGUGGCAAUAUUUCACGCGGAUCCAGUGCAGUUUUCUACCGUCAUGGUGCAGGCACCCCCAGCGAUGGUUAGAGGGGUUAUUCAACUGACGGCGGCAUCAUUGCCGUCAGCCGUGACAUCUUCGCCUUCGGACACGGACGCCAACAGAAAACACCAUCACCAGCACAAAAACAGCAAUAGUCAUAGUAGUGGCAGCAGCAGCUUUCCCAUGUUCAAUUCCUCGUUGCAUCUUGUGAAUGAAAAGAAGGAAUGCAAUCCGCAAGCAAACAAAAUUAGUCCCCACUCCACCCCAGGAGGUGCGAGUAAAACAGAAAUGAGUAGCCAUGGAGAUACAGCUGUGAAUGAAAGCAGAACGAAGAAGAGCGAUGCGGGUGGGCGGCAUGACCCGCAGACUUCUUCGUUGUCACUUCUUUUUUCCCGGUCCCCCACAGUGGCGGCCGUGCGAUCCGAGACUGUCACACUCCCAUUUACUGCAAGCGUCUUUCUUUCUUUGCUCACUGUGUCGAGAUCGGAGCUGCGGACUACAAUGGCGCCGGGCAAAACGCACUUGAUGGACUUUACCGUCACAAACGCCUCGUCACUGCCGCUUCCCUUUGUGGUACGCUCGCAGACGGUUCCGCAAAAAAACGUGGAGUUUUCCCUUUACGAGGAAGAUAAGUUUGAGGAGCCAAAGAUUGGUCGCACUCUUUGGCUCGAUAGACAUGCAUCAAUGAAUUUUACUCUGAUGGUACGAACUUCCGCGACUGCUCUGGCCGGCUGCACCACAGGCAUGCAGGAAUACCGCGCAGUCCUACAGUGUGACAACCUCCGUGACGCCCGUAACUCUGAGCUGGUGUAUGUUCACAUCAAUGUCGUCGCGGCAGAGUCUCAGACAGACCUUGUGAGCGUCACGGAUCCGGUGCUUGAUUUUGGUGAGGUAUACCGUGGGACAAGGGUCAUUCGUGAGUUGAACAUUUGCAACACGAGUCGUGAGAAUGUGACCGUGCGACUGCUUGACUCACGUCCAGAUCACUGCGAGGGGGUCUUAAGUCUUGUACGGUCAUGCAGCACCAAUGGCAAUGGCAAUGAAAAGAAUAACGCCAGUAGGACCAACACGAGCAACAAUAGUAGUAAUGACAAGAAUAAGAAUGAGGGGAAUAACAGUAAUGGUAACGAAAAGAACGACAAUGUGGUCACCGUGGAUGAGGUAUUGAUUGUUCCACAGAAGGGGAGUGUACCGGUGGGUGUCAUGUACGUUCCCUCCACAGACCAGGAAAAUAAGGCGACAU